CGAAAGCAGAUGACGUUGCUGUUAAGCCCACACACUUUCCACCGUGUUCAAAACCACUUUGCGGUCAGGUCAGGUGUCAGGGUACACAGUGCAGCGGCAGGCACAGGUAGAGGUACCACAUUCCAAUCGUAAGUUCUCCGUCCGACUGCACACCGACGUGUACACUUCAAAUUCAAGAAUGGCCGCGAAAGGAGCUACAGCGCCGAAAGCAAGAAAGGAGCCAAAUGCUGCAGUGAAAGCUUACCUUGUCUUUUACAAUGUAGCACAAGUUAUAGGAUGGAGCUAUCUUCUUUACCAGUUGAUAUCCUACCAUAUAAAUCCUCCGAAAGACGUAACUCUGUGGGAUACAGUAAAAUACACUGUGAUCAUUUUCCAGAAUGCUGCCCUUCUUGAGGUUUUUCAUGCUGCAGUUGGUUUUGUGGUCACCAAUGUGUUUAUGACACUUUGUCAAGUUUACUCCAGGGUCAUGGUGGUUUGCUUGGUCCUCCUCGCAACUCCCACUGCCCCUCUUAGUGUUGGACUUCCCCUUGCUCUAUUUGCUUGGACCAUCACUGAAAUAAUCCGCUACAGUUUCUAUGCCCUCAACCUUUUCAAUGCUGUUCCUUACUUCCUCAUUUGGUGCAGAUAUACCUUUUUCAUCGCCUUGUACCCAAUUGGAAUCACUGGAGAGUUGCUGUGUAUUUGGGCAGCUUAUGUAUAUUCAUCUGAAACAAAUAUGUGGUCGUUUGCUCUGCCGAACACAUUCAACUUCACUUUUGACUACGGCUACUUCCUUCUUUUCAGUAUGAUUGCCUACAUCCCAGUGUUUCCUCAGCUCUAUUUGUACAUGUUUGGUCAGAGGAAGAAGGUCAUCGUGGGUGAGAGCAGCAGGAAAAAGACUAAGUGAAGAGUUGCGAGUAGAAUUUCCUCCAUUUUACAAGAGAAGACUGGUUUCAUGCUCAAUUGUAAGCAAAAAUCAAAAGUCCAAUCAAAAUGUUGCUCAAGUUGUUUCUUUUUCUCCUUCUGUUAUUUGUUGCCAAUUUUGACUUUGGUAUUUGAUAGUGUACCUUAUACCAAUCAGAUGCUCAACUUGCAAAGGUAUGGUAGAGUGAUUGCUGCUGGCUGGAGGUGCCAGAACAUUGAAUCAAAUUUAACUGUGAUUAAGGUCUCUCUUAUCGUUUGUUAUUUAGUUUUAUUGGGAGUUGGUGAUAUUCUUUAAAUGUAUUUUUGUGGUGUUUCUAUGUUUUUGACAGAACUUUUAGGAGGCUGCCCAUUACGAAUCUCAUCAGCAUAUCAAGCUUGACAUCCAUUCAUUCACUUCAUUUUCAAGCCAUCUGAACAAUAUCUUCAUGUUAUUUUCUUAAGACCUAAUGUGUACAAGUUACAUUUAAUUUGUAAGUCAGUAGAAUGUUCUAAAUACAGUGAAGUUUUGCAGCCUUUA